CUAUAAUAUUGACACUUUAAACUAAAGAUCACCUUGUAUUUUUAUUAUAAUUUUUCUUGCAAAUAUUUUAGCAAAUGGUGGAGCCAGGGACCAAAAUAUUGCUGUUGGAUUACUCAGGAAACUCCAAACUUUUGGAUUUGUGGCUACAACAUGUCUUCUGGUGGAUGUAUUGCCCCACAUUACCCGUGUGUCAAAGGUUCUUCAACGUGAUUCGCUCACUUUUGAUGUGGUAGUAGAAUCAGUACGGGCGCUUAGGGCAACAAUCCAAGAUAUGAUUGGAGUUGUUGAUGCACAGACCUCCCCACAACUGGCUGGCCUUUUGCAUAUGGCGAGGGAUCAACCCUACAGGGACAUAGUCCUAACUGACAACAGGGACCAACCAAGAGACGCUUUUAUGCGCCAGAGAGCUGCUUUUCUUCAAGCACUUGUAGCUGAGAUUGAUGGGCGGUUUCCAACAGAUGCCCUUGAUGCUAUUACUGCUCUUGAUCUGAUUCUCAAUCCAAAGAAAUGGGGACGUGAACAUGAUGUUCAAAGACAUCUCACUUAUUUGGCAGAGGCAUUUGGUCUUGAUCGUGUAUUGAUGGCCCAAGAGUGGCCUAUGGUAAAAAACCGUCUUCACCAGCACAACCUUGAAGGCACAAAAUUCUCUGAGUUUGCAAAAAACCUUGUGGAUGAAGCAGACUUGUACCCAGUGUUCGGAAAACUAGCAGAGAUAGCACUUCUGAUCCCAUUGAACUCGGCAUGUGCAGAGCGAGGAUUCAGUGCUCAGAAUCAUAUCAAAUCCAAGGGUAGAGCGUCAAUUGGCUAGGAACGUCUGGAUCAAUUGUUACGAACACACAUAAACGGUCCUGCAGAUCUGGCUAGAGUGAAAGCCAAGUUCACCGCAAAAUUGAAUAGGCGUAAAUAGCGUGUUCGUUUCAACUGUCCAUCCUUUCCCAGUAUUAUUGAUCAAGUUAGUAUAGUCAUGAAACUUCAUGGAGA